UACUAGUCUUACCUAUAUUUAUCAUUAACGUUGCUAAUAUAAUAAGCUCAUUAUACAUUUAAGAGUUUCACAAAUGACAAUAGAGUUGAGAGAGAGAGCGAUAAUAUAAGGAAAAGAGAGAAUGGGUAAGAACAACAACGGAAUCCACAUGCAAUUUGCAGUUCUCGCGAUAGUUUUAACCGCUGCAAUAAUGGUGGAUGAAGCUACAAGCCUUUUUAUUUGCAACAUUGACACAAACAACUUGGAGAAAUGCCGUCCAGCCGCCACUGGAAACAACCCUCAACCUCCGGGACGGGACUGCUGCGCCGUGAUCAAAGCCGCUAAUCUACAAUGCCUCUGCCCGUACAAGCCUUUUAUCUCCAGAUACGGGUUUGAUCCAUCUAAGGUCAGGCCUCUUCUAGACAAGUGUAGUAUAAACACUCCUCCCUCCUGUUUUUUUUUUUGACGAUACACUCCUCCCUCCUGUUUCUAAGCUUGAAGAACUGAGUUGAAGACAGGCCGGUAUGCCGCAUACGUUAACUCGACGUGAAGUCAUGUCUCUUAGUGUUGUUAUUCGAAUAAAU